GCAAUAUUUGCCUGGCUAAAUUACUAUUAGCAAUACUAUUUCUGCUUAAUCUACUCAAAGUACUUCCUUGCCAUUUCCCUUAGAUACUAAUUAAUUAGUGUUCUCCCGUUUCUUCCAAAAUUGCUGAGUAAUAUUAUUUCAACAAGUGUAUCCAUGAUGAUGCCAUACUUACUGAGUCAUUCUUGCCCAAACUCCUCGAAUUACUACCUAAGAUAUUACUGAAUAAUACUGUUUCUGCCCAACUAUCGCUGAAUGCUCCCUUUAAUCCGAACAUACGGUUAAAAUUCACCAGCUGGACCAGAAACACCCGAUGGCUAUACUUGAAUAACCCAACUAGUCACACAGACCUUUUCCGAAUUAUCGAGAAUUGUAUCUUUUUCAUUUCCUUCUAGAAACAGUCUUUUUCGCAGUAACAGACAAUUAUUCUCGCUUAACACGCGUCACAGGCCAUGAAGAGACCAAACGAUUCCCCACCAACGAGGCCCAAAAAGCUCAUCACAGACUUCUUUAAGCAUCAGAAGCCAUCCAAAGAACCAAUUACUCCACAAAUCACGCCCGAAUCGCGUCUGGCCGUGGAGAAUGGUGCAACUACUGAAUUGGCAGCAGACCACACCAAUCCCAGCACAAAGGACACCAACGAACCUGUUCACAGGGGACUGGCCACCAAAUCGGCCCCAAAUGCCUCGAAGGGUGUCCAUACUCCGAAAAUCGGCGCUUUUGACAAGGAGAAAUGGGUGCUGUCGCUCACUCCCGAGCAACAGGCGCUCCUCCAGCUCGAAAUCGACACCUUGCACGAGUCGUGGUUAGGGCCACUCCACAAGGAGCUCACCAAGCCGUACUUCCUCCAGUUGAAACGGUUCCUCCAAACCCAGGGAUCCAAAACCGUGUUCCCCAAGCCCCACGACAUCUACUCGUGGUCUCACUACACGCCGUUGCCCAACGUCAAGUGCUUGAUCUUGGGCCAGGACCCGUACCACAACCACAACCAGGCUCACGGGUUGGCGUUCUCGGUGCUUGAGCCCACAAGGCCACCUCCGUCGCUCCUCAACAUCUACAAAACCAUCCACAUCGACUAUCCCAACUUUGAAAUCCCAGAAUACGCCGUGUUGCAAAAGCAGGGCCACCCAGGCGGUGGUAACUUAACCAAAUGGGCCCAGAGGGGAGUACUAAUGCUCAAUGCUGUGUUGACAGUCGAGUGCCAUAAGGCCAACAGCCACGCCAAGCAGGGAUGGGAGACUUUCACCGAGCAGGUGAUCAGGGUGGCCAUCGACCACCACGCCGCCAAGGGCCUGGGCUUUGUCAUCAUGGCGUGGGGAACGCCUGCACAACUACGGGUGGCCAAGGUGGAUCCUUCGCUCCACCAGAAUCCCCGGUUCUUGGUGCUAAAAACCGUGCAUCCAUCGCCUCUUUCUGCCAGAAGAGGGUUUUUUGAUCUGCAGGUGUUCAAGAAGUGCAACUCGUGGCUCCACGCUAACAACCGUGACAAAAUCGACUGGGGCUUGCUAGCCAAUAACGUGGUGUUGUAACGAGUACCCACACGCCUGGCUGGCCCUGCUCAGGUGCUUGGUACCGCCCACUAGAGAAUAGUAA